UACAAAGUUAUCUACAAAUGAUAAACUUAUUGAAGAAAUUCUUUUGACUAAAGGAGUCUUAUAUCUGACACAAAUAGAUAUGGAAAAUUCAAGUGAGGAAGAAGAAGCAAGUAUUUUUGUAAAG